CAGCCUUCCAACAAGUCAUUCAGAACAAAGGUCAAGCUCGGUAAGGCCCAGAAGCAGAACCGCCCUCUCCCUCACUGGUUCCGUCUCAAGACUGACACCAAGAUUCGCUGGAACGCCAAGCGUCGCAACUGGCGCCACACCAAGUUGGGUCUUUAA